AUGGAUUCCAGUAGCAUGAUUUAUGAAGAAUCUAUUGUCAUGAAAUCAUUGAAGAAAAAUAUGGCUAUGUAUUUCUUAAACACGAUGAGGAAACGGACGAUCGAUGAACAGCUCAGUGAUUUAUCGACUAUCAUGAAAUGUUCGUUGGAUCUGAUUAUCGUGUACAAUAAAACUGGAUUGGAAGUCAGUUACCGUAUUGGCUCACAAAUCGCUUCGGUGAACGGUUUAGACGAAGCGACAUGCGUGCGCCAGUGCAAACGAGAUGUUUUGUACAAGCUCCAAGUUUUUUGUGGCUACACCAAUAACGCAGCACGGAUUUCGUCAUCGAACUGGCAAGCCCGAAGUGAUAAGAGCUCCGAAUCGAGUAGCGAGUCGCAAGACGUAUACUCCGAGAUCGAAUUGUGCAAGAAACGAGUGGCUGGAAAAGCAGUGAGGAAAGCGUUCGACGAGAAUAUUGUACUGGUUGACCAACAGAUGGAUAUCCCGAGUGAACUCGACGAAUAUAUGACAAGUAAUAAAUUACCGUUGGUACUUACAGUCAGUUAUUUACCAACGGAAUGGAAAAUAAUCUUCGAAUGCGGACCGUACAGUGCUUCGACCAAUGGUUCCGUAUAUUCGACGUGCAUGCAGCAGUGCAAAACGCUACUGUGGCACGAAUUAAAAGCGUUCGUCACUAACGAAAUAUUAGUUGCUCAAAAAGAGUUGAUUAGUGAAAAUCAACGAUGUGAUCCGCAGAGUCAAAACAAGAUCAAUGAGCCUACCGUUAAGUCGGUCGUUCAACCUUUGGAAACUACAAACCGCGCACCAAUUUUAACGAAGUUACCCGUAACCGUAUCCAAUGAGCAGUCAAUGAGAUCUUGCAAUGUCUUCGAACCGCACGAGAAAUACGUCAGCGGAGUUUCCACGGUGUUGAAAAAUGUCACGUGGCACAAUUUUCGGGAAAGCGCCAAACGGUUUUUCGAUGUAAUCGUGCAAGCGGACCGCGCAAAUGGAUUAAACUUAAAGAUGAUCACGGAUUGCGUAGUGUCAAAUGCGAUUGACCAACCCGAUAACUGCGUCUUGUACGCGGCACUGUGUUGCCACGUGAUCGAAAAAGCUUGUAUGAACUCGAGGAGGAUCAUACGUCAAGGGCUGUCAAGCGAGUUCAAAAUCGAGCUGAUAAAGUCUUGUAAGGACGUGUUGAUUGAAGCCGGUGUAUUGCCCCGGAUGAGAACGGCUAGACAGCCUGAGUACUCAAGGCGAUUGGAAGAGAGGUUCGACGAAAAAGCUCGUGACCGUACGCAUGGAACGUGCAGAUUUAUGGGUGAACUAUUCAUGCGGAACCAAAUAUUCAAGACCGUAAUGAGUACCGUUGACACGUUUAUGGAGAUACACGACGCACAUUCGUUGGAAUGUCUCUGCAUUUUGCUGACCAUAAUCGCACCAAAGCUUGAAAAAGUUAUCGAUGCCCCAAGACAAGUGUAUAAACAACUGGAAAACUACUCGAUCGCCGGAUACGCGGGUAACAUUAUUCUGCCACGGCGAACAAUACAAAUGAUCGACGUACUUCUGAACGUACGAAAAUAUAAUACGAAAGGUUCGAAUUCGUGGCAAGGCGAUUUCGCUAGAGUAAAGACCAGAAAGUCCAGAAACAACCCUCGUCAGGAAGUGCAGUUGGUGGAUCAUCAGGCGAAUCGCAUCUCCGGCGAGAUUUCGCGAUACAGCCAAAACCGGCCAUUCCAUACAACGUCUGUGAAGCACCACGGGAAACACGUCACGUUCAACCCCGUGGUAUCUAUACUCUAUUAUCGUAACGAUUAGUAGUAACGUAUAAAUACCCCCCUUUCUUUACACACCUCUUUACUUACACCUUCAGAUAUGUGUAAUAUUCAUUGUAUGACUUCAAAUAAUUAAUAAAUAAAAAAAUAAUAUUAUAUUAUAUAUUGGCACAUUAUGCCAA